AUGAGCUUCCACCUUACCGGCCAACAAAUCCGUGUCGAGGACAACCACAUCCUCGUCGCUUCUCUUCAGAACGAGGAUGGCGAGUGGAUCGAUUCUUCUAUCGACCUGGAUCAGUUUGUUGGAAAUGACAACGGUAACUUCCAGUGGGACGGCCAGGGCUUCAGCCAGACCGCGUCGAACGUUCACUUCGCCAUUGAGGGCGAUGCGGAUGUCCCUGUUCUUCGCGGAGACUUGAAGGAUCUCGAGGGCAACUGGAAUUCCCGUGACCUUAACCUCUCCGAGCGGGUUGAGAACGUCAACGGUCAAUUCCAAUUCCAGUAA